AUGUCUGCAAUGUUUGGAAUGCCAGGUUUGGGUGAUGCGGGUGCUGCCCCAAAGCAACCCAAGAGCAAAUUCGAGCAGUUCAAGGAAACCCCCGCGUACACUGUGUUAUUGAACGGUACCCUUUUCGUUGCUGGGAUAUGUUUCAUCCAGUCUCCACUGAUGGAAAUGUUGGCCCCACAACUAUGA